GCUUAUCGCGUCUAGUGUGCGAGAGCCAUACGGCGCGUGCGCAUCUCAUUAUACAUUUUGCCUAGUAUUAUUCUUCCGGUUGAAACCAUCGCGUUGAAUUGUUGUCGAAUCUACGAGGAUGAAGUACAAUCGUCUGGUAUCUUCCUCGCGCAGGAAGAAUAGAAAGCGGCACUUCACCGCGCCUUCGCACAUUAGACGACGGUUAAUGUCCGCACCGCUAUCCAAAGAGUUACGACAAAAGUACAAUGUGCGGUCGAUGCCGAUCCGCAAGGACGACGAAGUACAGGUAGUACGUGGCCAUUACAAGGGUCAACAAGUAGGAAAAGUUGUCCAAGUAUACAGGAAAAAGUUUGUAAUAUAUAUUGAACGAAUUCAACGUGAGAAGGCAAACAGUGCCAACGUCUAUGUCGGCAUAGAUCCUUCCAAGACAGUUAUUGUUAAAUUGAAAAUGGACAAAGAUCGUAAAAAGAUAAUCGAUAGGCGAAGCAAGGGCAGAUUGGCUGCAUUAGGCAAAGACAAGGGCAAAUAUACAGAAGAUGUAACAGCCGCCAUGGAAACAUCGUAAUUUUGAUAUAUUUCUGCGUUUGUCACAAUAAAAUAUUAAAAACAAAAUGGAGACAAA